UCACUAUUGAAACCAAACCAAAUCAAACCCACGGAUAAAGAAGAGAGAGAAAGUGAGGAGAGAGAGAGACUCCAGAAAAAAAGAUUGGAUUUUUAUGCUUGGGUUUUUUUGAUCUGGUUCAUUUUGGAGCUUUGAAGAGGAAUUGGAUAAUAAUUAUUGUAUGUUUAGAUAUAUGAUGCUGUCUAGUUCUUUCAGUGCUUGGAUCAGUCAUUUUCUAGCUUGCAUGGGAGGUUGCUUUGGUUGCUGUGCAAAAUCUCAACCAGUUAUUGCUGUGGAUGAACCAUCUAAAGGACUACGAAUACAAGGAAAGUUGGUGAGAAAACCGAGUAUGUCGGAUGAUUUUUGGAGCACCAGUACAUGCGAUCUGGAGGUUAGUACUGUUCAAUCCCAUAGAAGCAUGUCUUCCAUCAGUAUAUCAAAUCAGAGCCUCAGUCAACAGAGCGGCACUGGCAAUGCUAGCAACAACAAUGAAUUCAUAAAUCACGGCUAUCUUCUUUGGAACCAGACCAGGCUUCAGUGGCUAGCAAGUAAAAAUCCAGAGAACCGAAGAGUCGUUGAAGAACCGAUGUUAAAUUGGAAUGUUUCGUAUGAUAGCUUAUUUGGGACUAACAAACGAUUCCCUCAGCCAAUUCCUCUCUCGGACAUGGUCGACUUUCUUGCUGAUAUUUGGGAGCACGAGGGUUUGUACGAUUAACCAUGCUGAUCGGGAUUGUGUAUUGAUCUUCUUCGCCUUAUCUGAAUUUUUCUGGUUGUUUUAACCUCUGAUAAAAUUGUGCAUAGUUUCCAGAAUACAGUGAGUGAUUGAGGAUGCAAGAAUGUUUAGAAACAAAGAUUUUAACUGAUAGAAAAUGAGAGGGGCUAAUAGUAAAGGAAACAUUUAUUUAGGGUUUGAAUAUAGAUGCAUGCUUUGUAAAUGGGAAGCUAAUUUACUCUGCAUAAACUUGAUUAUAUGUUGUUGGUUUUAUUAAUUUUUGUCAAAUUUGAUCUGU